ACAGUAGCACCUGUAUCCUGAUGUCACAGAUCUAUGUAACACAAACAUUCCUUUAAUGCAAAACUGUGCGCGUCAUAGCUUAGCCUACAUCUGGCAUUAUGAACGGCCAGAGAAGACUGAGCAGCUUCCCCGCGACAAGACCUGACCAACCCAAAGCCAAAGCUGAAACAAAAGCAGAUGCAAAUGGGAAAAGUAAAGAGCAAAGUGAUCACCAGAUGAAUGACGGGGAGGAUCAGUCCCCGGAGCGCGCCGAGGACAAGAGCGCGCCAAAGCGGGGAAGCAGGAAGCAACGGACUGAAAAGGAUAAAGAUCCUAAUGACUGCGAAAGUGAGGACAAACCUCACAAAACCCCAGCACCAAAACGGACAACCAUUUAUAGACCGAGUAAAAAGCAGAAGGAUCUUAGUCAGUCUCAGGAGAUCUCCGAGAGUAAGUGCGAAGAAAACUGCGCUUCGACAUCUAGAAGAGCUUCUGUUCCCAAUAACGCAAACAUUGUUAACGGGAAUGACAAACAAGACAGUGCAAAAAGCAAGCAACAGAUUAAAAAGAAUGACUGUGAAAGUGAAGGCAAACCACAGCAGACAGUCAAGAGCAAGUCCGAUGAAAAACCGGCACCAAAACGACUGAGUAAAAAGCAGAGAGAAGCUUUAAAUUUUGACAGAGAAGCAGCUCUGGAGAGCUCCGAAAGCAAAUCGGAAGCAAAAUCCACAAAAAAAACUAGAAGGCGACCUGAAUCUGCUGAAACGGCUUUUUCUGAGGACUCUUCUUCAGCGGUUAGCGCGCGCAGCUCUGACCGCCAAAAGAAAAGCGCAGAAAAAGCAACUGCAACCAGAGGACAAGGCGUCGAUGACACACUGGGAAAGGUUCUCAAGGCAACUAUUGACAAAUUAAAGAUCAAGAAAAGCGAGCGGUCUAAUGCGUCCAGUUGUGUUAAUAACAUCACGGAUAAAGUCAUUACACACCUGAAACAAAACGUGACCUGGUGUGAACACAUCGAGAGGUUACGAACUGGAAGUUAUUAUGAAAACCUCAAAAUUUGUGAACCAGAUGAAUUUGAUGUGAUGCUGACUAUUCCUGUGGAGCGAGUGGACAUUCAGAAGUUUGAUAUGGCCGGAGCAUUUUACAGUGUUGCAUUGAAAAGACAUCCGAAUAAGCAUGCUCUGGACAGAUUCCUAAAAGAAGACAAGACCAUUCAGGCCAGUGAAAUGCUGAUUGAAUUCAGAGAUGCCGUCAAGGAGGCUGUGGAGAAACUCCCAUACCAAAUUAAUGUACAGCGAAAAAAGCCAAGAUGCCCUGCAGUGACGCUGGAAGUAAAAAUGGAAGAAAAUGGAAAGACUAUUUCCAUCGACUUCGUUCUUGGUCUUAAGGUUCAUCGUGCAAGCUGGCCAGAAUUUACAAAAGACGGCUUCGAAAUAGAAAACUGGCUUGGUAAAAAGGAGAAAGAUAAUAUGAAGCGUCAACCAUUCUAUCUGGUUCCUAAAUAUGAAGGAAAGGGAAACGCAGAGCAUGAUGGAGUUGUUGCAAAAGAUGCCUGGCGAAUUUCUUUUUCACACGUUGAAAAAGAAAUUUUGAAAAGGCACGGUCAGUCCAAGACAUGCUGUGAGGACGUUGGACAGAAAUGUUGCCGGAAGGAGUGUCUAAAGCUACUGAAGUAUCUUCUUCAACAGCUCAAAGAGGAUGACUCCAAAUCCAGUAAGAUGACCAGCUUCUGCUCCUAUCAUGCAAAGACCACCCUUCUCCAUGCUUGUGCUACAAGGGGAACCGACAGCGAGUGGGCAUACAGUCAGCUGGCCGACUGCUUCCAGCAGCUUUUAGGAGACUUUGUGCAACACCUGAGAAAACAGCAUCUCCCUAACUUUUUCAUUCCAUCCCAUAAUCUCUUACAACAAGCCUCCCCGAGAAGCUGUGAUUUCCUGGCAAAUGAAAUUGAAUUCCAGCUAAAUAAGAAAUUUCCUAUUUUCAGUUAAUUCAGAUUUUCUGUUUAUUGUAUUCAUGCAUGUUUUGUUAUUUCAUCUUAACAGGUGAUCAUUGCUUAAUACCAUUUAGUAACACAUAUUCCAGAUAGUUUUAACGUUUUUUAUUUGAUAUACAUUCAACUGAACAAGAUUGUUACAUCAUCUACAGUUGGGUAUUUUACCUCAAUUUCUCAAUCAAUGUAGAUAAAAAAAAAAUUAAAUACUGAACUGGGGGGGGGGUAUUAAAAUAAAUAAAUGCAUACAAAAUGAAUAAUAGUUUCUUAAACCUAACAAAACUUAUACGGCCAAUUACAAGGACUUCACAGGCCAAAUGAGAGGA